UUACUUCUUCAGUCGUGCCCUGCGCGUCCAGUGAGCUGCACGCGAGGUGGAUUAUGUGCGCGUUUCGAGUCCGCGAUUAAACACGAUCGAAGAAUCGCGCGUGUUUAACCGAAACGAUAACUUCCGGUAUUCGAUACGCGAUAAAUCACGAAACGUUACUCGUCGAUGAGACGCCGGUCUUGUCCAGAAACCGCGCUGGGUUAAACACGGAAGACGGGCGGCGAAAAGAAUAUCGUAAUUUUGAAUUUUCAACCAACGUUCUCCGGGAAAUUUCUGACGGAGGAAUUUCGAUGAGACGAAAAACACGGUUUCGAGCGAUCUAAGAAUGGCAUAAAGAAUCAAUCGAUCGGCAAGCAUGUGCUAUGUGAUAGUCACUGGACGCAGUCUGUUAUGGACGCUCUUAUCUCUGGCAGCGUUGAUGGCAGUUUUAUCAGGCCUCAUCACUCCCAGAUGGCUUGUAGGACCACCGACCAUUAAGGACACAAAAAACGGCACGGAACUAUAUACACCAACUGUCGGGAUCUUCAAUCGUUGCACGAGAUUAUUCGGCAAGACGCACUGCGCGAAUUUCAACGUCGACGGCUUUGCGACGGACUCCAACGUCUUCCCGGGAUGCUGGAAGGCGUCCCUGUUUUUCUUGUCCGCGGGCCUGGCGGCGAUGUCGGUGACCGUGAUAGCCGCUUUGCUCGGAUGCUGCGUGCAGAGCAUCGGCCGCAAGAGCAUCUUCAAUCUGGCGGGAGUGGCGCAAGCCGUUGCCGGAAUACUAUAUCUUUUUGGGAUGAUUCUGUAUCCUGCCGGUUGGGGUGCUGAGAGAGUACAGAGGAUCUGCGGUCCUGAAGCCGAUGCCUUCUAUCUCGCAAACUGCAGUCUUGGUUGGGCGUUUUAUAGCGCGGCGAUCGGUGUCGCUCUCACCUUCGUCUGCGCCGCUUUUAGCGGACAAGCAGAGAAGUCGACGGCCAGUGACAAGGUCCAGGACAAAAUGAACGAAGGAAAGACCCUAAUAUGCUUAGCCUGAGCAUGCAAAUAAAAUCAGCGAGGGGUCUGGCCUCGCCGUGUAAUGGGUGCUACGGUGCGAAGCGUCGAAAUGAAAUAGAAGAAAACCAGUGCAACCAGAAAUAUUCACCUCGUUGUGUUCAUCGCGCAGCAGAAUGGAGACGAAAGUUUUAUCGUGGUUGAAAUUGUUGCACGAAUAAUUUAAUUAUGGGCUUGCGAGGGAAAUGGACAUUAUUGCUGAAUGUCAUACGCGACGUAUUGUACGCAUGAAGAUCAAGUAUCGGAUGUACUUACCGUCUUCCCACACUUACUGCCGCAAUUUAUACUGACGCCUACGAUGCUCUGCAGAGAAUUCCUAUUUUAUAUCUUAUACAUGUUUUUAUAUGUAAAGAAAAGUAUAAAAUAAAACGUGGAUGUUUUUCGUUCACUCGAUGUGAAUAAAGGUGAAUGUAUUCUACUGUCGCAACGAAAGAAUAUAUCUAAUGAUUUCUCAACA